AUGUAAUGGACAUGACAUCACAGCACAACAUCCUGGUUCAUAAUGUCAUUCAGGGAGAUCUUACCUAUCAAGUAAACCAUUAAAAAUGACUGGAUGAUCAGGAUUUGUAUUGUGCAAAAAAAAUCGCCACCAUCAUCAUCAUCCUGUUCAACUCAAAGUUAUUUUUACCCUAUAAAAUUGGUUGAACGUAAACUAAAUCAAAUAUUAGUUUAUGGUUCACUUGGUUUAGUUUCACACACGAUUGUUCACACCUGCAAAAUUGGAAGAAUUAUUAAAAAUCCGAACAUUUAUCCAUGCAACGCAAUUAUGGCGUUCGUUAGUUGAUACGCAUGGAUCAAGUUUCCCAAAAAUCCUCUGCCCUCAUUAAGUGCAUCCCUUUCUCCACGUGAUUGAGUGGUCAUAUCCGGGUAGCACGUUUUCGCAUUUUUGGAGAAAGUAAAUGGCAGACGUUGCUGUUGAGGAUGUUACACCGAGUCAAGAAAUUAAGAUGGCAACGACAUCGUCCAAAUUGAUAAUAUCCCCACAACCACCACCAGCAGCAAUAGCUUCUCGUGAUAAGAAUGAAGAUCCUCCUCCCACCGUGGCGUCAAUCCUGCAACAAACAGGCAAUGUUCGACCACCAGGGCGAAUGAGUGGAUCUGGCCCCUAUCUGCCUCCACCACCCACGUGCUCGUGUCCUUCCACAGUGAAUACGGCUUGUGAAACGGUGAAAUAUUUCCAAUGUCCCGUUUGUCUCGCGAAAUUCGACUCGGUCAAAGUGCCCGUGGGGUUGAGAUGUUUUCACACCUUGUGCAUUUAUUGUGUUCGGCUGUUGGUUCCGGGCAGUUGUGGGAAUAUGAAUGCUCUCCCCUCGAUCGAAUCACUGGAUCUGAGCGUGGGGUUGCCAAAUGUGGCGUUGCUUUCAUACCUUGACCAACCCGUGGAACCAUUGUUGUCUGGAAGGAUGAGAUUGGAUGCGGAUUGUGUCAGAGCUAUGUGGAAGUUGGUGGAAAUUUUAAUUAUAACAAAGUCUCACGUAGUUUCGAGAGCGAUUCAUAGGAAGCUAAUGAACUUGGUAAUGUCUGUCAACCCGAAUGGACAAGUUAGAAUUUUAAAAUCUGCAAAAGCAAUUGGAGAAAGGACGCUUGUUGAGUUGACGUCGUCAUGUAGCAAUCUUAGCCAUUAUCAAGCUCAGCAGCAGCUUUGGGCUGCCAUAAGAGCUCGAGCCUGCCAAUUUAUGGGACCAGCAAUGCAAGAAGAAGCUUUAAAAUUGGUGUUAUUAGCGUUAGAAGAUGGAUCUGCGCUUAGUCGGAAAGUUUUGGUGAUGUUUGUCGUGCAAAGAUUGGCUCCGCAAUUUCCACAGGCGUCAAAAACUUCUGUAGGGCACAUUGUCCAACUCUUGUAUCGUGCCUCAACCUUCGACGUUAUAAAACGACCAGGGAACUCCUCCUUGAUGACGCUACGUCCAGAGUAUAGAAAUUAUGAAGCUUUACGAAGGGAACAUGAUACUCAAAUUAUGAAAAUUGGGCUUGAAGCAGGCAUCCGAUUUACUCCGGAGCAGUGGAGCAGCCUUUUAUACGGUGAUACGUCCCACAAACCUCUGAUGCAGAGUAUUAUUGAUAAACUACAAGCUCCUCAAACGUUUUCCGAUCUUCUGAAAGAAUUCUUGGUCUGUGCGCAACGGCUGAACGAAGCCGAUUCGCAAUCAUUUUUAGCAAUUUAUCCACAUUUUCAAACUCUGAGUGCUAUCGAGGUCCAAUCACACAAUCAUGGUGCAACACGUAACAGUGGUACUUCUGCAGAAAAAUCAUCUGCUGAUGAACAACCAGCCCCACCGCAACCACAAUCUAGUUGGAAAGAGGUCGGAAACGCUUUAGAAAGCGUUCGUCUCGUCCUCGGUGGACUAAUAACGUUCGAGAAACCUGCCGCAAGACGGAAAUUCAGAGAAAAUCAAGCAGUUCGAAUGAUGCAAAGAGUUGCUCUUUAAAUAGACCUAUGCAAAAAUUGAAUAUGAAAAUUAUUCCAAAAACUAAGAGUGCUUAGAAUUAUCUGAAAUGAAAAUUAUGAAAGUUUUAUGAAUUAUGUAGAGGUACUCAUACAAAUCGAUCUUUAAUUUUGCAAUAUGCAAGCAAUUUUUAUAAGAUUAACAGUUUUUGCGAUUUAUGCAAUUUUUGCAUAUUCCUUUGCACUAAUCGAUGACACAUCAUCGUCAUUAUUACGACAAGAUCGGAUAAAAAAAUCAGUUUUAUGGUUUUUAUUAUACUGUAACAGUACCUAUAUGUAGUAGUAAAAUAAUUGUUUUGAAUCGAACGUUAAUUAUUUUGACGUACUUAAUAAUUUUCCAGUUGUUAAUUUUCUUGCUUCUUUUCCCAACGGGUCUGGAAGCAAUUAUUAUUAUUAUUGGGGAAGAGAUUUGUAAUCACUCUAAUCGUGAUAAUGUUGUAUAAUCGACUCGUAUUUUAGAGUUGAAGAAAAUUAUUAUGACAAUGAAAUUAAAGUUUAUAUGAACAUU